AUGUCAUCUCCGCACCGAGGUUUUGAAUAUAGAUCUUUAUAUGAAAAUUUUAGUCAUUUGCUGGAUACUGGAAAAGAUUCUAGAGUGCCAAAGGAUGUGAGUUGUAGCUUCUCGUGGAUCUUAUGGAUGUUGUGGAAGAACAAGAAUGCAUUUAACUUCGAAGGAAAAGAGUAUGAGGCAGAGGAUACGGUCACAAAAUGUCGUGAGGAGUCCAGGCGCUGGACUGAGGUUGUGGCAACAGCAAAAGCGGAAACGGGUAAUAGGAAUCAGAGGCCUAGGGAUGGUAACAUAUGGAUAGUACCAAAGAGUGAAAGAGUGAAGUGCAAUAUUGGAAUCUCAUGGUCUAAAGUGACGUGUAUGUCGGGUUUGGGCUGGAUUGUAAGGAAUAGUGAAGGUGAAACUUUGCUCCAUAGCAGAAGAACUAUAAAUGGUGUGUCGUCGCUUUUGGAGGCUAGACGUUUGGGUUUAAUUUGGGCAGCGGAGAGUAUGAAUUCUCACAAAGUGCAGAAAGUGUGUUUUGAGUUGGAGGACUAUGAGUUGGUGGGCUCUGUGAACAAACCUAAGGCGUGGCCAGCGUUUCGGGCGUACGGUGAGGAGUUAAGGGAUGUCUUGAAUAAAGUUACAGAUUGGAAGGUAAGCUCAGUAAAGAGAGUGGCUAAGUAA